AUGGUGGCCCAAGACUUUUGUACGCGAUGUUUGAUGCUGCUGAUCUGUUGACAGGAAUUCUUGUUUUACCUCCAGCCUGUUUGUUUACACUUUUACUUCAUGGAAGGUUGUUAAGUGGGAGGGAAAAAACCCCGCGUGCUUUGUUCCACUGCCUGCCACCGAGGUAUGCCCGUGUGCGUCAUGCGGAACAAACGAGUGAAGUCACGUCGCUGAGCGUCUUCAGGAAAAGCCAGUUUGGAAACAUUCUUCAUCUAGCUGUUCUUCAGAGUGCCGGCUCGGGCUGCUCAGUGGACGUUAGGACCUCCAUCAUCAUGGACUACUCGCAGCCCUUCUCGCUCCUCAACGAGCGCCUCAGACCUCCGCUGAGCCCCACGGAGCAGCUCUACUCGUCCCUGAGCAGAGUCCAGUCUAAGGCGACCAAGCGCGGCUCGUUGCUGGCGCUGCGCCGCUCCACCUCCAUGUCCGAACCCGAGGACGAUGGCGAGGAGGAGAGGACCAACGCCGAGCCGAGACCGCUGGCCCUGCUGAGCCUGAAGGAGGUGCGAGAGGAAAUGACCGUCGGUUCCACUCAGUCCAUGGAGUCUGGGGAGGCCAAGGAGGACGGGACAGACGAGCAGAACUCUGAUGAACCGGAUCGCCCCGAGUCGCCGUCCAACGAGGGCGUGUCCCCGUUCCAAAGGAGCUGCAUGACCCUGCCGGACCUCAUCAACAGCGGGAGGCCGCUCGGCAGACGCAGGACCCUCGGACACGUCAAUGAGACGCUCAAGGAAGUGCGUCGCGAGGUGGAACUGUCGCGCAGGCGCAGUAUCAAGCUGAAGGCUCAGGUGGACAAGCUGCAGGAGAGCCGCGAAGGACCCGGAUGGAGUCGAGACAGAGACAGGGUGACAGAGGAGGUUCUCUCCAUCUUGAGUCUUCUGCAGCUGAUGACAGGCCCGCAGGCCCGCCCAGCUCAGCCCCCCCAUGGAGGAAACCGCCUGGACGAUGCGCUUGCACAACUACAGGAUGUCGCCAGAAAACUAGCCAUGAAAGGAACACAGGACGUCAAGUCAAAAGGAGGAAGUGGUUCAGAGGACAGUGCCCUGCUCCAACAGGCGCUGCGGGAUCGAGACGAGGCCAUAGAGAAGAAGAAGGCUAUGGAGGCAGAGCUUCUGCGGAGUAAGACGGAGAUGAUGCUGCUGAACAACCAGCUGCUGGAGGCUGCUCAGAAGCGCUUGGAACUGUCGCUGGAGCUGGAGGCAUGGAAGGAGGAUGUCCAGCUGAUGCUCAACCAGCAGCUGCUUCUACAGCACCAAGUGGAGCAGAGCCAGAAGAAGACCUCACGCGUCGGCAUCUUGAGGAGGAACAAAGUGCCCGUCCAGCGGCCCACCAACUUCCCUGUGGUGGCCACACGUGCCUCCCCGCCAUCACCUGCCUCGCCCACUACAAGUACAACUCAAAACUUCUUCAACAGAUCACCUAUGACAACGGCACCGGCGCCCGUGACACCUUUGUCCCCCUCUGCUGCUGCUCCGUCAUGGAGGGACAAGUGGAAACGGAGCAAUGGCGGACGGCGAGGAGAGCAGGGUUACAUGGUGGAGCAUAGAGAGAACGAUGGAUUCCAUGUGGUCUCGCUGGACUGAGAGAGGUGCUCUUGAAGGUUCUUGAUGCUUCAGGAAUCUUCAGGCAUCCACAUGAGCGCUACAGAGGAAUCGAACAGCGACAUGAAUCCUGCACAAUGCUUUGAAACAAAAUUUUAUUAGAGGGAUGAGCAGCACAUGAACAAUAUUGUAACCAUGGAACAAAUGACUGUUUACAUGAAAUUAGCAUAUCUCCUUUUGCUUUGGACCUUUAACCUGCUUCCAUUUUAAUUUAACGUUCCUGUAAAUAAACAAGCCUGAACAUUCA